AUGUUACGUUCCAAAACAAGAUUAGAUUCUGUUGAUAUUACACAGAAGAAGAAGAAUUAUUCAUCGGUGUUUUCAAGAACACUUUCUGCAUCAAAGCUUUGCAGAGGCGAUGUUAUAGGGACACAAAUUGAUGCGGAGGCCCUUAAUUCAAAGAACCGGGCCCACAUUAUGACGACAAUGCAGCAGCAGCAGAUGGGGGAGAUGGAAGAGGAGUUGAGGAGGACCAAAGAGAAAUUCGACAUUACUAAACUCGAAAACAAACAAAUGCUUGAUCAGCUUAAAAGGGCAAAAGAAGAGGCCAAUUACAUCAAGGCAGCAAAGGAAGCCUUACCCCACAACAACAGGGCCGACGAGCUCCGAGCCGAACUCGAACACGCGCGAAAAUUGCUAGAAGCCUCGCAACACGAGUCAAAAACCAAGACCACAAUGAUCGACUCCUUGGAAUCCGAGUUCGCGAAAGCAAGCCGAGUCGCCACAUCGUUCGAUGCAAUGAAGAAUGAAUUAAGCGUUUCGAGGGACAGCGAACGACGUGCGAAUGCAUCCCUACACGAGAGUAUGAAACGGGUUCAACACCUCCAAGACGAGCUCGAGAGACAAAAGGCAUCCGAAUCGAGAAUGUCGGAAUCCUUGGCCUUCCAAGCCAAAGAGCUCGAGAGGUCCAAGAUCGAGACCGUCACCCUACGGAAAGUAAUCGGGUCUCUAGAAGAAAAACUAUCCGCUCAAAAUAGUAGUUACAACAAAGAAAACAGCAUUUCGAAAGGAGAAGAAGAAGAAGAAGAAAACGAGAUUGCCCGACUCAGGAUCGAGCUACAAUCGGCUCAGAAAGCCGAAAAGAUCCUCCGCGAAGAAAUGCAAGUCAUCCGGAACGAGUGGCGGCUCGCAAUUGAGUCCGAGGAAAAAAGCGCGAAAGCCAUGGAGGACUUAGCUCUAGCCCUCAAAGAAGUCGCCACCGAGUCCAACCGAGCCAAGGAAAAACUCGAGUCCGUGCAAGCCGAGCUAAACCACACAAAACUCGAAACCGAGCGGUUGAGAAAAAUGCUCCACGAGGCCAAUCAAGAAGCCGAGCUCCACAAGAACACGGCGGACCGCCUCCGGCUCGAGGCCGAGGAGACCCUCCUCACAUUGAACGCGAAAGAGAUGGGCUUCGUGAGCUGCAUCAAACGGGCCGAGGAGGAACGGGUGGUGGCCCAACGCGAGAACUCGAGGCUCUUGGAGUCCCUAAAGGCUGCGGAGAACAUGACUCGGGCCGCCCGGGAAGAGACGUACAAGCUACGAGACAUCCUCAAGCAAGCGGUCAACGAGUCGAACGCAGCGAAGGCGGCCUCCGGCAUCGCCCGCGAGGAAAACUCCCUCCUACAAGACUCCGUCUCGGAAAAAGACGAGCGCCUCCACUUCUUGACUCGGGAGAACGAGCGGCUGAGGAUGAGCGAAGCCGCAGCCCACGAGAACGCGAGACAGUUGAAGAUUCUUCUCUCACGGGCCUCCACCGAGUUCAAGUCAAACGAUCAUGACUUUGAUGAUGAUGAUGAUAAUGAUGAGGAGGAGGAAGAGAAAGAGGAAGAGGAGGAGAAUUUGGAGGGAAAGAAUGAGUAUAAUAUGGACAAGAACUUUAGUUUCAAUCUCGAGGACUUGAAGUUUAUGAACGAACCGGAAGGAGAGAGGGAGGUCGACGAGGAUCCCGUGAAGGCGGAGGCAUUGAGGGGUUCGAUAUUCGACACGAAUGCAGAGACACCUAAGUCCGAGCCGCGGACCCCACAGUCGGCUAGGGAAAGAGGGAUGUUUUGGGUGAGGAGGUCGGAGGACUUUGACUGCUCGGGAGAUUCGGACACAGAGAGAGGGUCCCACAGGAGGGUGAAGACAAUGUUUCAGAGGGUUGGGGGUUUGUUGACUAUUAGGAGGAGCUUACACAGGAAGGAAACUGCCUCAUCUCCGGUCGAGCAAGCGGUCGCGACUCAGCAUUGA